AAUUUGAUAUUCUUUGACUGAUGUAAUGGCAACUCCAGCGCACAGAUGGUUUCAUAAAUAAGCUAAAAAGUGAUAACAUUUUACAUAAAAAAUGUUCAAAUCCGUUUAAUAACAAACUGAAUGAGUUUUAUAAAAUAAAUUAAACUUUAUUUAAUAAGUAUGCGUUUCCCCUCAAAUAAAACACUCGCGAAAAUUGCUGUCUAUGGAGCAUUCGCUUCAAUUACGGCUGUAAUGUACAUGCGUUAUAAAAUAGAAGAUGGUAUAAGAAACUCGGAAUAUUUCCGGUUGGCGGUGAAGACGUUGAGGCAACAUCGGGGCGCUUCAAGAUUGUUGGGCGAACCAAUUAAGGAGCUCGGAUUCGAUUUGAGCGACAGCAAGAAUUUUUCUGAUGGCCAAAAUGCACAAUUCGAGGUACAUGUAAAAGGUUCCAAUGAUAGAGGUAAAAUGUAUUUUUGGGCGACCAGAGCACCUGAGACCGGUUGGUUAGUGGAUCGUUUAGAAUUAGAGGUGCGCUCACAACCAGAGAAACGUUUUCUGAUAAAGAAAAACGAAUCUACAGAAACAGCUACAAAAACAAGUAGUAAUUAAUUUAAGCAAGACUGAUUAUGAAUGAAAAAAUUGAAAACAACCUCGUAGAAGUUUGGAUACAGUUUUUUAUCAUACUAUGACAUAUUAAGUUGAAAUUUCAACAGCACAUGGUAAAUAGAAAGAUAGAAAAUUGUCAAAAAAAAUUGGAAACAUGUUAAUUUAUAUUAAAUGUUUAAUAAAGCGUUUUGUUGAAGUUUAUUGAGAUAUUUCUUUUUAUAUUAUACAAAAACAUAAUUUAGCAUCGCAAAUUUACAAUGUUAUAUAUUUAUGUAUGCUCAAAUUUUAAGAACAACAAACUCUGGUAAUAU